AUGCCCACAACUGGAAUGCCAGCUCCUGGAGCAAGAGCCUAUGGAAAGAAAUGGAGCAGAACCUCACGGAUGGGCUCUGUCAGUGAGGGGAACCACUCAGAGAUCCCCAAGCUGAGGGGCACCUCAAGGAUGCUUGAUCCCAUCAAGCCUGUUUCUUCCUCCCUGGAGGACAGUUUUGUUCCAGAGGAGGUUUUCCGAAGCCUGGCCAGUGCCAGCAGUUCCCUCUACAGCCUGGAGUAUUUAAAGCUCCAGGAAGCCUCCAAAACCACAAUGGGCUUCAGGGGCUGCCUGCAAACCCCAGAUCGGCUUUGGCAUUAUCCUAAUCAUCGGAGCAAGUUCAGGCACCUGACAGACCACCCUGUCAGUUUGAUGGGUGCUGGAAGGGAUGUCUCUUACCUGUGUGAUGUUGCAACUGGCCAAGCUAGGAAAGCAAUGAUGGACAGAAGGUCUUCUGCUGAGUGUUCUGGAGAGCAGAGGUGGAGCUUUGGUAGAGUUCCACAUCCUCCUCGAGGAAUCCUGGCAGACAGUCUGGUUCCCAGGGAAUUCCACAUAGUGAAGAAGAGAGGAGUUUUGCCAUUGAAAUACUUGGAUGAUAAAUACACAACACUGCUCAAAGACCGUGAGAAGAAACCGCGGCUGUUCCCAUCCAUAAAACCUUCUGGGAGAUUAGAGGUCAUGCAGCUGAUGGAGGUGAUGGACAGCAUGUUGGAAAAAGCUGGAGUAGACAAGUUAAUCAGAGUGACAGGACCUUCGCAGCUGCAUGAUUCCCUGGAGCUGAUAAGGGCAGAGCAGAACAUCUACAACAUUGUUUUCCAUGAGCUGAUUCGUCAGGUCAGCGUGGACUGCGUGGAGAGAGGACAACUGCUUUCAAAGCUCAGACAGAGGUAUGUGAGUCUCCUGGAGCGGAUUCCUGAGCAGAUGAAGACCCUCUACAAAAAAAUGAUGGCACAGCAGCUGAUCAACAGGCAUAUCACUGAAGAACUUAUUCAUUUUAAAGACUCUGUUAGACAGCUGGCCAGUGAGCUGUGUGAGGUACGAGAGCAUGACUUCAAGGUGACCAAAAAAGCAGAAAAAGCUGAAGAGGAGCUGGCUGCAGCCAUUCUAGAGGCUGAAGCAAAGGCAGAUCUUUUGAAAGAGUAUCGGGACUUGUAUGAGUUGCAGAGAAGACGUCUGGAAGAGCAAGUUGUGCUGCUUGCCCAGGAGAGAGACAUUUGGACUUCAGCUGCAUAUGGCCUGGCUCUGAAGAUAAUAGAAAGGAACAAGCUCACACUGGUUCACAAGCUCCAUGUGAGUGGGAGGUCACUGAUCAACAUUCUCAAGCAUUUCAUAGUCCUCUUGUCCUCAAAGGACACAGGAGACCUUGCUGAUCUGCAGGAUGAAACCAACCAGUUCAGUGGGAGGCUGGGUCAGUUUGGAGCAGAAAUAGAGCAUUCUGAGGAGUCAAGCCAGGCAAAACUCCAGAUUGUCUGCAGCAGGCUCAACAAGCACCUUCAGUGCUUCCAAUGCAGUGACUCCUCUUCUCUGAUGAAUGAGAAGCUACUGGAUGAAAUCCUGCAAGACACCAAGAGCAUGAUAAAUGUACUAAGAGAAGACCUAGAGCAAUAUGGAGGGGAGGUGCACCUAGGAAAGUCUGAAAGUUUGAGGAGCAUUGCCAGCCUGCAGGAGCACUGGAUGGAGCUGGGACAAACAGUGCUGAAUCGACACUGGCACUUGGAUGGAGUGUUGUCUCCACAGCACAUUGCCCUGGGAGAAAUAAAGCAAAGUGCCCAUGAACUCUACCAGCAAUACAAUAGAAGGAUAAGUGGGAAUAAUGGCACAGCUAGGAUUCUGUCAGCCUUGGUGAGAAGUAUGGAAGAUUGGUCACUCAAGGUGCAAAAGCUGAAGCCAAGUUCUGGUCUGCACCAAGCUGAGCUGUGGGCAUUUUAUCAAGAGAUUCCUGUGUGGCUGGCCCAGGUAAAGGCAGUGAUCAGCUGUUUAGGCUCCAGCCAGCUGCAUGAAGCUGAGGGUGAUAAGAAACAACAUUUCCCGGUGGCACUUAGAGAAUUUUUAAAGAUGAUUCAGCAAUGGGUUUUGUCUAUGAAUAAAGAGGUUGAGAAGAACAUCACAUUUCUUAAUGAGAAAGUGACUGAACUGCACCAAAACCUGACCCUGUGGCUGGUGAAUUUGCUGAGCCACAUGACAGCAAACACCAUGUCCCAGGAGUGUCCCCCACGGCAAGAGUCAGGAGUCAAGAUGGAUGAGGAGCUCAGGCUUCUGGAGGCUCAUAAGCUGCAUCAUGAAGCUGAAGAUCUGGUUGCAGAGAUGGACAGAAUCUCUGGCUUUAUAAUCCGCUGCUGCAGAGAGAUUGUCAAUGCCAUUGUCCGAAAGAAACGGUCGGAGAUGGAUCUGGAGGCUGAUUUUGAGCUGAGGCAGCUGAGUAAGAUCAAGGAUGAAUGCUGUGCUUGGGUUCAAGUGUGUAGUCUUCUCCUUUCAGAGAUCAAAGGCACUCCUGUCUCCUUUCUGGAUUUAGAAGAUCUGAGAAACCUCUUUGGAUCAGAGGAAUUGCAGUCGAAGCUUCAGCUUCAGGACACAAACAUUUUUUCAACUCAAGAACAGCUUGCAGCUGAAGAUGCCAAGAGCAGUAGGAAACCUGUAGAGGAGGAAACAUUAGAAGUAAGGGUGGAGAUUGCUGUUAAGCAGGAGCAGCCAGGUGCUGGUGUGGAUUACUUGGCAGAGGAUGAUGAAGCUACUGCAGACAUGAUCAGAUCUGUAGGACAUGACUCCAACAUCCACCUGAAGUCUCUGAAGUCAGACAUCAUUUCUGUUGCAGGGGGGGAUAUGACUGCUACCAAGUCAUCGACUCCCUUUUCUCAGAAAGAGUUUGAAGCUCUGGCAACACUGGAACACCUGCAAGCACAGCUCCUAGAAACGGAGAUCCGUGCUCAGAAUGCAGAAAAGAGAUCUGAAGAUCUUGAAGAGAAGCUGGAAGAAGCUCUGCAGAGAAUCAGAGACCUUGAGAGUGAGCUGGAGAAUGAGGGGAAACUCAUCCCAGAAGCAACAUGCAAAGAGGAGCAAGCAAAAUGUUCCCAAGAAAGCAUUUCAGAAGUUGAGACUGAGACCAAAGCUUCUACAUCUGGCCACUCCAAGAGAUCCAGAUAA